UUGAAGCUUCAGCUUUCUUUGGAUUGAAUAAAUUAAAGUUAUUGUAUAUGAAACAAAACUUAUUAACAGAUAUAAAAAUGAACACAUUUUUUGGUUUAGAAAAGUUGACACUAUUAGACGUGACUGAGAAUCCACUUGUCCACAUCGAGGCAGGGUCAUUUUCACAUCUUGGCAGUCUGAGCCAAGUGUCUCUUGGAAACCUACGCCUCCCUCCAUCACAGACGAUGAUCAAGCUGAAUCUGUCAGAAAUCUUCAGCAGCAGCCUUAGUCAGCUGACUCAGCUGAACAUUAAUUCAGGUGUGAGGCCAAUGCAGCUGGUGGUUGGGGCUUCUGUUUCCUCCAAUCAGAACCUGAGUCUCCAACUGAAGGGUCAGACUGUGACAUUUGAGGACUGUGACGGGCCAUUCUUUGAGUCUGUGGUCCAUCUGAAAGCUGACACAGAGCAGAUCCUUUGUGGAUCAGAAUUCAUAGGAAGGUUCUUCCAGUCUUUGGAGACAUUUGAGUUUAGGUCCAAGCUCUCAGCAAAAAGUAUAGAUUUGACACAAUUGAAUAAGAUGGUUCACUUGAGGAAGCUGAUUUUGACAGAGGUGGAUCUUUCAUAUCAGACCUCCGCUGACGCUAUUGUCCACAAUCUGACCAAAUUGGAGGAACUGAAACUUUUGGCAUGUAGGUUAAACAUCUUGGAGGGUAGUUUAACGAAAGACCUUAGAUCUUUAAGAACAUUCUUUGUGCAUAUGAGAAACAUCUAUAAUGUGAUCUAUAGCUUCACAGAACCUCUAGUUAGUCUAAAAUACAUAAAGUUUGAGGAUUUUGAGACUUUCUGCAGUUGUGACAAUGCCUGGCUUGUUCCCUGGGCAAAGACUCAGAAACAGAUUGAAGUGAUUAUAAAUCCCUUAGAGGCAGAAGAAUUUGAUGUAAACAGUCUUAAAUGCUUGUCAUACAAUGGGAUGGACAGAAUUAACUUCCUCAAGUACUCAGAGGCCAACUGCAGUGCAGAUCCUGGCUUUCUACUGUUUCUUGCCACCAGCCUCGGGGUCCUGUUGUUCAUGCUGGUGGUGCUGCUCCACAACCUGGCUGGUCACUACCUCCUCCCCCUCUACCACAUCACCCUGGGCUGGCUGUCUGAGGCCACGCGCUCCAAAAGCAGACGGCGCUACAACUAUGACGCGUUCGUGUCCUACAGCGGAAAGGACGAGCGCUGGGUGGUGGAGGAGCUGCUGCCCAACCUGGAGCAGAGAGGACCUCCUUUCCUGCGCCUCUGUCUGCACAGCAGGGACUUCCAGCUGGGGAAGGACAUUGUGGAGAACAUCACCGAGAGCCUCUACCGGAGCCGUCACACCCUCUGCUUGGUCAGCCGCCACUACCUCCACAGCAACUGGUGCUCCCUGGAGAUGAGGCUGGCCACCUGCCGUCUGCAGGCCGAGCACAGGGACGUGCUCAUCCUGGUCUUCCUGGAGAAGAUCUCCCCUCGCCGGCUGUCCGUCCAUCACAGGCUGGCACGGCUGGUAAAGACUAGGACCUAUCUAGACUGGCCCCAGGAACCAGGUCAGCAAGAGGCCUUCUGGGUCAAACUGUGGACUAAACUGAAACCUCCAACCCAAGACUGACAUUUCUAGUAGUACUUUUCAAAUCAACUACUGUUUUGGGGGUUAGGGUUUGGGUUAGUGUUAGGGAUGAG